AUGUCGUCCACCGGUGGUAGUCUUCACUCCAAGCUCGUGUCGCUGAUUAGCCGUGGUCAGGAGUUUACCAGCAUUUUCUUUUACGCUCCUGUAAAAGAAAAUUGCCACCUGGAGGACACUCUAUCUUCGGCCACUUGGGGACUGCCCUUGGUGAUAUGGCGUUCGGAUAGGACGGUGAUCCUAAAUGGAUUCCUCGGCGAGGGUCUCUUGGUGCUGGCCUGCCUGCCUGAAUUCCAUUGGAGAGCUCUGCUGGGCAGCCUGUCGAGGAGUUUGAAGUAUCUAAGACAGGCCAGAGUACUCAUCGAAUUCAUGGAGGAAAGGGACGAAUUUCUGGUCAAUCAAGUGCUGGAGUUUUGUCUCAGUCAGGAUAUGAUUAAUGCCAAUGCCAUAUUCAGCGAUUUUGCAGAGACUCAAGUGGUCAGCAGCUUUGAGGCCUAUCCGCAGUUCGAAGUGAUGAACCAAACCUUCACAGAGGACACUCAGGUGUCUGAACUGUAUCCAAAUAAGAUGAUAGACCUCCGGGGCGGUAGAAUACGCACCAUGCCCGACUACUCGGAGCCAAAUACGAUUCUCUACCAGGACAAGCAGGGCAACAAACAGAUCCUGGGCUAUUUGUGGGACAUCAUGGAGGCCUAUGCCCACAAGCACAACGCGCAGCUGCAGGUGGUCAAUAAGUAUGCGGAUGACAGGACCCUCAACUUUAUCGAACUCCUGGACGUGGCCCAAAGCGGCAUUAUAGACGUGGCUGCCAGCAUUCAGCCCAUGUCGAUGGGUGGCCUGGAUCGCGUUCACGAGAUGUCCUAUCCGGUGAAUCAGGCCAGUUGGUGCACCAUGUUGCCGGUGGAGAGGCAACUCAAUGUGUCCGAGUUGCUCUCCCGGGUGCUGCCCUAUCCAACGUUUGCCCUCCUGAUUUUUCUCUGGAUUUUCUACGAGGUGCUGCGGGGACGAUGGCGUCGGCAUCAGAGGCUCCAGCGGAUGGGCUGGCUGGUAUUGGCCACUUUGGUUACUUCCAAUUACCUGGGCAAACUACUCACUCUCUUCGCCGAUCCUCCAUCUUUGCCACCCAUCGACAGCCUGGCCGCUUUGAUAGAGUCGCCAGUGCGCAUCAUCUCCAUUAGAUCUGAAUACUCAUCCAUUGAAUUCACCCAGCGCACCAAAUACUCCGCUGCAUUCCGUCUAUCUUUGAAGACCUCGACGUUGAUUGGCCUGCGAAAUGCCCUAAAUACCUCCUAUGGAUAUACCCUAACCAGUGAAAAAUGGAAAAUGUACAGGGAGCAGCAGAAGCGUAGCGCCAGACCUCUCUUUCGCUACUCCAAGGACCUGUGCUUCUACGAGAUGGUUCCCUUCGGCCUGGUCAUCCCAGAGAACUCGGCGCAUCGAGCUACCCUGCACAAUUUUACUCUGUUACUUUCGCAGUCGGGUCUGCAUGACUUGUGGGUGGCCAGGGGUUUCUACUACAUGGUCAAGGCGGGCAAAAUAAAUUUAGUGGACUUUAAGGAACGUUAUCAGCCCGAAACCCUGACCAUCUCGGACCUGCGACACGUCCUCGUCCUUUAUGGUUCAGGUGUGCUAAUUAGCAUGGCUCUGUUUACCUGUGAGCUAUUUGUCAGCUGGGUAAACUAUUGGCUGGGCUUUUAA